CGUCUGAGCCUGCGCCCUCCUUUUAGUCCCUGAGCGCAGAGCAGUCAGUGCUGGAUGCUGCAGAGCGCACGCGGCGGCCAGUGAGGUGGCUUCUCAGCAGGUGCGCUUGGCUCGACUCUCGGGGCAGCAGGGAGCAGCUCUACGCCCUAUUCAACGGGAUCUGUCAGGCACCGCAUCCUGCACAUCUAACUGCUCGACAACCAUCAAUAUUUUCGUACGUCUUGCGCACAAUAGACUCUCUGACGCAAUCAUUUAACGCAGGUAGAAACAAGGGAUUGCUUUAACUAAACCCGGAGACUGGUUGCAGCAAGGAGUGAACUGUAAGUGUACCACCUUGUGUCUCGCCCAUCUACCUGCACCUGGACGUUGUACACAAGCUGUCUGGCACCCAAAACCUAUAUAUACGUGUCAGCUCCUUAACCUACUAAGGUACCUCUCAGCUACUCCCAAGACUACAGCCUCAAAUAAACCCUCUAGAUAAACCACUCAGAGCUCCUUUCUUGCCACCAUCAUGGGCACAGUACUGUCUCUGUCCCCAUCAUCUGGGAAGGCUGGGCCUUUGGAUGAGAAGAAGCAAGAGGCGCCAGGAGUCGGAGGUGGAUACUCAGCCAUCCCCAACAGUAAAAAUGGAGGCAGCAAAUCUGAGAAGAGCCUCAAAAGACAUUCUGUUCUCAUUUCUGCACUUACUUGGAAGAGGCUAGUGGCAGCUUCUGCCAAAAAGAAAAAUGCCAAGAAGAUCAACCCAAAUCCAGGUCCCAUUAAUGGCCCUUUGCUUCCAAACAACAACCCCGUGGAGCACCUGAACCAUGAGAAUUUGCGCAAGUCCCAGGUCAGCCCUGGGCGCAGGGAGCCCAAACCAGUACCAGUGCCCACAGUGCCCCCUGGCUCCUCUGAGGGACAGAAAAUGCAGCACCAGCUGGUGGCGGUGCAGAAGCAGGCAAGUGGCCGCUCUCUAUGCUCACCACGCAGGGUUAUAGUUCAAGCAUCAACUGGAGAACUAUUACGUUGUUUGGGUGAGUUUGUAUGUCGCCGUUGCUAUCGGCUAAAGGAGCUGAGCCCUGGGGAACUCACCAUGUGGUUUCGUAAUGUCGAUCGGGCCUUGUUACUGCAGGGUUGGCAAGACCAAGGCUUCAUCACUCCAGCCAACCUGGUGUUCGUCUACCUUCUGUGCAGAGAGGCCAUUGGGGAUGAACUGGCUACUGAAUUUGAGCUCCAGGCCUGCUUUCUCACUUGCCUUUACUUGGCCUAUUCCUAUAUGGGAAAUGAAAUCUCAUACCCCUUGAAGCCCUUUUUGGUGGAGACAGAUAAAGAAGUCUUCUGGCAACGCUGCCUGAGCAUCAUUGAUCGUAUGAGUGCCAAAAUGCUGCAGAUCAACUCUGACCCCCAUUUCUUUACACAGGUCUUCCAAGACUUGAAGAAUGAAGGGGAGACCAGAGAAUCCAAUGGUCAAUGGACUAUAAAUUUGGAUCGUUAGGGUGGAGGUAUGGGGGUGGGUGGCUGGGUGGGUAGAAACAGUUUGAGGACAACUCUAAAACAUAAACCCACAAAUAUCCAUGAUCAACUUGUAGAAUGGAGCCAAGUCCAGUUCAACAGGCUGCUGAGGGAGACAGACACUUGAAAUAUUGGUUGUAUCACUCUUUAGACACACAUUACUUUAGAGCUGCCACUUGGUAGUCUAUUUGUUGGGUGCUUCAGAUGAUUAAAAUGUUUACUAGAAUAGGAGACUGCACGAUUUACAGACUCUGCUGGUGAGAAUGGGUAAAACUGCAGACCUCUAUCCUGCAGUGUUGUUGUACUAUAACUCUCAUCAUCCCUAGGCAGGUAAAGGCUGUUUUAUUCCUCUGACUUAAAGCAACCCAUCACUAUUGUUUCUUUUCAUUUGCAAACUGACACUAGUAACAUGCCACAAUCAUUCAGCUCCACAAUAUCACCCCCAUUGCACAAAAAUCUUGGUGGGUGACUUUUCUGUUGGAGGGGGGGGGUCACUUAUCAUUGGGCUUGGUAUGAAAUCUGUUACAAUCACCCCUUUGCCACUCUUUAAUCUUAACCUUCUCAUCUUUGUCACACCAGGCACUUUCCAUCCUGAUAUUUGUGUCCGUUAUAAAAUACGUGACACCCGCUUAAUAAAGGGGUAGCACUAUAUUCAUUGUGCACUCACUAUCCAUGAACAUCUUUUGAAUAGGUAAUGGUUGAAUUCUAUAGUUUAAAAAAUUGGGGCCAUACAAAUAUGUAUGAUCUAUGAACAAUCUCUGUGCUACUAUGAAUCACAGUACAUAGGGGGCUUUUGUAAUUUUUGUAGACAGGCAUGUUGGAUAUUUGCAUAUUGUUUUGCUUUUGUCACAAGGUGACAUUUCAUGACCUGUCCAUUCCAUCUCUGCAGUCUAGUUUAGCAGUCUGCUAUUGUUUGCUAUAUUCCCUAUAUGUUUCAGAGGAUGAUGGGAGCUGUAGUCCAACAUCAGCUAGUACACUUCAGCUAAAGAAGCCCUAGGUUGUCAUACCCUGAGUUAAAGGUUUGUCCAGUUUUCUUGUAUCUGAAGGAAAUAACCAAGGGAAUGGUCCUUGGUGCUCAACUAAUCAACAUUACAUUGCAGAUAUAGCCUCAUAGUAUAUAUGAAUGUAACUGGAAUGCAACACAUACAGUGUCGCAAUAUUGUUUGACAAUGAAGCUGUUCAAUGUGCCAACAGUGUUCAAAUGUACAAAAAGCGUAUUGUUUUAUAUUGUAUAUUUAAGGAAAAAAAUCUCAUAAAACUGAUUAUGAAUC